AUGCUUUCUACCCAGCCAUUUCUGGAUCCGGAAUGGCCCCCUGGGACAGUGCGAAUUGAAGAUCUUUCACAGACAAGCGAUACCGCGGAAGUUAUUUUGCAACCAAAGCCUACCAGGAAUCCGAAUGAUCCAUUGAACUGGCCACUAUGGCGCAAAAACCUCAAUUUCGGCCUCGUAUGCUACUACGUUGUGAUGGUCCUUGCACUAAUCGACGUGGCAACAGUGACUUGGGGACCCGUCAACCUGGAACUAGGCUUCAGCUACGCCAUCUUGAACGACAGCUACGCAGCAGGCUGCGGUGCCCUCUGCAUUGGAGGUCUAUUCCUCGUACCCUUCGCCCUAAAGUACGGACGCCGACCGAUCUACGUAUUUAGCACGGCCAUCCAAUGUGGUAUCAGCAUCUGGUCUGCGAAGAUGGAGAACGUCGCAGAUCUGAUGCUGGUCAAUAUUCUCAGUUGUAUUGUUGGAGCACUGGCUGAAGUCCUAGUUCAGAUGACUGUAGCUGAUGUCUACUAUGUUCACCAGCGAGGUCUGACCAAUACCAUCUACUUCUGGUUUAUGACUGUCGGAACAACACUGGCACCUCUGGCUGGUGGUUUUAUUACCCAGUCCCAGGGUUGGCGAUGGGUAUGGUGGUGGAUGGCCAUUCUCUUCGGCAUCGGACUCUUUGCGUUCGUCUUUCUCUACGAAGAAACUAUGUUCGAUGCUUCGCAUAUUGAGGGUGUUCCUGUUCCUGAGAGGCGUGACUCUAAGCCUGCUCCUCUCAAAGAGGAUAUCGAGCCAUUUGCGUUGGAGAAGUCGAUGUCGAUGCAGGAUGGUCACUCAUAUGAGCCCGUUGAAAUCGAUCACUCAAUCCCGGUGAAGAGCUACUGGAAGAAACUCGCAUUAUGGACUAACUCCCCCGUGCCAUUCUCCGAGGUAGGAAAGCACUGCUACCAGCCCUUCCUCAUUUUGUUCAGCUUUCCAGGUGUCUUCUUCAUGGCUCUUAUCUAUGGAUUGAUGACCGCCUGCACGACAGUCCCAGUGACAACCCUUUCAUCAGUGAUGACCCUGCCGCCAUACAAUUUCGGCGCAUCUCAGAUCGGGCUCAUGGGACUGCCGCCAUUUAUUGGAACCACCUUAGGUGCUCUGAUCUGUGGACCGUUAAGUGACUCGAUUGCCCUCUACCUCGCAAAGAGAAAUGGCGGUGUCUUCGAACCAGAGAUGCGACUUUGGCUUGCUCUUGCCUUUACGCCAUUGGUCCCGGCAGGUCUAUUCAUGUUUGGAAUUGGACUGAACAACGGCUCUCACUGGCUAUUGCCCGCAUUUGGAUUGGGUGUGAGCUCUGUCGGUGUUGUACCCGCUAGUAGUGCUGCACUAACUUAUCUUACUGAUUCGUACACUGAGAUCAUUGCAGACUCCGUUGUUGGCGUUACUUUCAUUCGCAAUCUUAUCUCAACAAUUUUCGUCUUCGCCCUUCAACCUUGGUGCAAUAAAGUGGGAUUGACAUGGUUCUAUGUGACAUUUGGCUUGAUUGUUACUGUUUGCCUCGCGGGUAAUUUGCUUUUAAUCUAUUAUGGAAAGAUGUUCCGUGCGAAACUCGCGGGUACAUAUAACCAUUAUAGCCAGAAGCAACUAGGCUCGAGGUCGACUUAG